UUCGCAUCCAAAACACACCAACCAAACAUCUUCUUAACAAAUUCACACGAAGAAUCACUUACAUACGAAAGAUGAAGCCCAUUACAUUUUUCGUAUCUCUAAUUACCAUCGCAAUCGUUCUCUCCUCUGUCACUGCUAAUCCCUAUGGUGGGUGGCAGCCGAUAAAGAACAUACACACCUAUCGCGUCCAGGAGAUUGCCAAGUUUGCAGUAGCAAUGCACAACAGGGAAAACAAUUUCAAACAUCGGUUGAGACUCGCAAGCAUUCGGAGGGGCCUAUUCCAGGUGGUGGACGGCGUGAACUACAAGCUCGACGUGAUGGUUGUUGGAGGCAACACAUUCGACUCCAACGGGAGGAUGUACCGAACGGAAGUUCAUGAGAGCCUUGGCGCACUGGAGCUCAAGUUUUUCACACCUAUAUUUAAGGAAUUAAAUUAAAAUCCUUCAUAAACAAUAAUUUAGCCGUCUUUGUUUUAAUUAGUAUGUUUUUUAUAUGUUAGUUUGAUUAAUAAUUAGGGAUAACAUAAGCUUUUGUUGGUUAUCUAGUGAUGUUAUUAGGUGAUAGUGUCCUUUUUAUCAUAAGUACGAUUUUGCUUUAAUUGCUAGUGGCUCUGUUUUAAUUUCUACCAAUCAUUUUGUUAGAUAUUGUUAUAUUGCACCAAAUAUCACGAAAGAAUAGCUUCUUCUGCCACCAUAUCACUUUAAUAUAACAACAAUUAUGAG